GGUUUCAGCUUGUCUGGAGCUCACAGCUGAUUUUAUUUAAUGUGACUAACGAGGAGGUGAACUCAUCAGUCUGACAACAUGCUGCUGCUGCUGCUGGCUGUGCUUCUGUGUGUUCAACCUCCUCAAGACGUGGCCUCCGGUCCUUUACGGGGAGCGACAGAAGCUACAGAAGGUACAGAAGCGUCUCAGGAGGACUGGUUCACCAGGGCGCUGCAUUAUAUGGAGUCCAACCCGGAGACUUUAGAAGAGCUGAUGACCAAGAACUACGCCGUGCUGGAGGGAGACAUGGUGCUGGCAAGUGACCGGAACGCAGUGGAGAGCAUGUGGCCAACACAAGAGAUCCCGUACGUCAUCAGCCCAGCGUUAGCCAGUCGGACAGACGUCAUCCUCUCAGCGAUGGCGAUGUUGUCUGAACACACCUGUGUGUCCUUCCACAAGAGAACCUCUGAGACCAACUACCUGCUGUUUGUGAAGAGCAGAGGUUGUGCGUCAUACGUGGGCUUCAACGGCGGGGAGCAGCCCGUGUUCGUCGGCCACCUGUGCGCCGUGGGAAACGUCCUCCACGAGAUCCUUCACGCUCUGGGCUUCCACCACGAACACACGAGGGCCGACCGAGAACAGUACAUCACAGUUCUUCCCCACAACAUCAUGGACGGGAUGGAGAGAAACUUUAAAAAACAAGAAGGCAAAACGUUCGAUCUUCGUUAUGAUGUCACGUCUAUCAUGCACUACGGAAGUGGGUUUUUUUCAGUUAACGGUCUGCCCACCAUCGUAGCCAACAGUGACAUGGAGGACAUGGGACAGAGGGUCAAAAUGACGGAGACGGACAUCGAGAGAGUUCGCCUUCUCUACGGCUGUGGUACUCUGUGGUGCUCUGUGGUACUCUGUGACGCAGGGAGAAACGCCACGGAGAAGGGGAGCAGUGAUGUGAAGGAGGCGGAUGAUGUAAACGAUGUGGCGUCCACCGUCAGGACGAAGACACCGGAGGAAGAUCAGAGCUCUGCUGCUCCGUCCCUGCAGCUGCUGAACGCCACCACUAGAGGACACAAUGACACCAUCAGAGAUCAGGCCCAGACCCACCGCUGUAUCAAUAAAACCUAAAUAUAUAAAUAUACAUCCCAGACUGGUCUUCACUGGUUUCACAUGACUCUACGGAGGACAAAACCUGCCAAAAUAAAAAAUAAAUAAAUGACUCCAGAAAUAAA